CAUCAACAGAGGUUGUGGCAAGAGGUGAACAUCAUGAGAACAUCACCGUGCUGCACAGCAAACUGAAGAAAGCCCAGAACUGUGCUAAACAUUUAGCUGAACUGGUAUCAUCUGUACCAGUCACACUCGAUAAAUUGGAAGGACCUUGCAUCCUUUGGGCCCUGUCAGUGCAGGUAUUGUUGAAUUCACUUGAUAAGAUCUUAGGUGUUGUAGCACGUGGUGGAACACAACAGGCUAUCAGGCGUUGGACAACUCCACAGAAAAGGAUGGGGGUAAUAUCAGAGAACUCUCUGAGGGUCCAGGAAGCAGCAAGACUGACUUCCUCAAUCUGUAAGAACAGCACUGGCAUUAUGAAGAUGAGAGGUCUUCAGGAGGAGGUGAAGGCCCUCACAGAGACCUACCUCCAGGUGACUGACAACCUCAAAACCGUGCCCCUCUCUGACAUCCAUCAGCUGGCAAAGUCCGAACUAUUACAGAGGCAGCUCCUGGUGAAGAUGAAGGUGUUGUUUGGUCUUGUUAGCAGUUUUAACAAGGAGUACUCCACCACAGUUGAAGACACCCUUUGCUUGGCGGUUUCAGCCUGCACAGAAAAUUGGAGCCCUGAAAAGGGGAAGGAGGCAAAGGCCAAAUUUGAGACGGAUGCAGAAGCUCUUUUGGCUAAUGUGAAAGCAGCCUGUCAGAACUUUCAAGACUGCCUCAAUUACAUCAGGAAUCCCAGGGUUCGGGCUAACCUGAGAUCAAUUAACGAGCAUCUAUCCUUUCAAAUAUCUGACAUUGUGUGCAGAGCCAGGCAAAUGGUGGAAACUCAGGACUUGGAUGACAUGCACAGUGUGGAAAUUCAGAUGCAAUAUUGGUCAGCUAUGGCUCACUUCCUUGUGGAUGAAAUGGACAUGGUGGAAGGUGUUCACCAGGCUACCAAACAGCAGAUCAGACUCUUUCUGCAGGGCAGGGAUGCCGAUGAGGCCCAAAACAUGCCCUUAAAAUUCCUGCCAAAUCAGGAGAUGACACAUCCACCAGAUCCAGUCAUGGCGAGCCCUCAGAACCCUCCUGUGACCAAUCAGGAGCUAAAAAGGGGUGGCACUGUGCUCACAGCAAGCAGGGGGGCACCAUCUCUUACCUACACUUCCCUCUUCCUGAAGAGAGAGACUGACAAGUGGGAUGCAGAGAACAACCAUAUCAUCCAGGUGACCAGAGCCAUGGCUGAGAAGAUCUACCACAUGGCCCAGUACUUGCGCAGGAAAGGACCCAUACAGAGCAAAGAGGUGUUUGUUGCCGCAGCCAAAGAGGUGGUGUCCAGAUGCCAGACUGUUACUCAGUUCGUCAAGGUCAUUGCUGACCACUCCCUGAGUGAGCACAGUAAGGAGGACCUCUGCCUCAUCCUGGAGAAGAUUCUCACCACCACCAACCAGCUCACCAUUAUCUCUAGCGUGAAUGCCUUGACCCCUUGUAGUAAGUCCUCAGACGAAAUCCUGGUGAAAAAUGCCCAGAAUCUGCUGCAAAUCAUCCUACAGGGAGUGCAAGCGGCUGAGACAGCCUGCAUCAAGGGACUGAGACAGCCAAAGCCUAACUCAGAUGGAGCUGAGGCAGCAGCUCUCUGCUUCCAGUGGAGGAAGAGUCUUCAGAUUCACCGGGCCGAGCAGAACUCAAACCUAGACACCGAUGACCUUGGCCUACGCAAGACCUCCCUGCACCCUUCUGCGCCCAGCCUGGCUCCUCCCAUUCAAAUUCAGCAGACCCUCAAGUGGCCACCAUGAUGUUAUGAAGACCCUGUGUAAGGACACGUGUGAAAUGUAGGCCAUCACACCGAUUUCAUCAUCUGUCUGUACAGAUUCGCGGGACACCUCACUGUCUGUAACUUGCACCUGUAAUACCUCUGUGGAUUUAACUCUUAAGAUUGAAAAAUCUGUAACAGGACUAUACUUGAUAUCUUAGAAAUUGGGCCUCUGCAGUCUUCAGAGAUGCAGUGACUGCAUAGCUCCACUUGUGGGCUGAAUUGGCACCAACACCAACCCCCCCACCCCACACAAACAAAAGUACUGAUUAAGGACAUUCUUCUCUAAUAACGAUAAGCAGACUUUAUCCCAG